AGCACAGCAGAUGGUCUGCCAGUCAGACGGAAAGUAGUACGGUAGGAGUGAGUUAGGUCCGAGCUAUUUUGGAGCAAAAUUUUUGGGAAUUUUGCUGGUGACCCUGAAGGUCCUGUGUCUCGCAUGUGUUUGACGUUUUAGGUACGUUCGAAAGGUCUCAAAUACGACGGGUUUCUUGAUAUCGCGGCGGUAGUUCGACGACGGCAGUGUAAGAAAACGAAAAUCUACUUCGCGAGUGAGAGUGAAAGAAGUGCAAAAAUUGGUGUCAGAACGAAGCAACCUGAAAAAUUUUUAGAGGAAAACUUGGGCCCGACAGAAGCGAAAAAUGCUAGCGAGACAAGUUAUAGCAAGUGGCGCGUCGACUGCCCUGAAGACGAUCUCGGCUGCCACUGCGUCGCCAAAGAAGUCCCUAACGAAGGCCGCGAUCACUGCCGCCGUCCAGAAGCAGCAAACGCGGGACUACCAUGAAGUUACCGGCGACAUCAUCGUUCCGUCGAUGGUGCAAGGUAUCGACCAUCUGCGUGACCCUCGGUUGAACAAGGGCCUAGCUUUCACCCUGGAGGAGCGACAGACACUGGGCAUCCAUGGACUGCAACCGGCGCGGUUCAAGUCCCAGGAGGAGCAACUGGAACUGUGCCGAAUUUCGAUCUCACGCUACCAGGAGGAUCUCAACAGGUACCUGUACCUGGUCGAUCUCCAGGACCGUAAUGAGAAGCUGUUCUUCCGGUUGAUCUCCGAGGAUGUCGAGAAGAUGAUGCCGAUCGUGUACACGCCCACCGUGGGUUUGGCCUGUCAGAAGUUUGGGUUGAUCUACCGUCGACCUCGCGGUUUGUUCGUCACGAUCAACGAUCGCGGAUUCGUGUACGAAGUUCUGCGCAAUUGGCCGGAACAUGACGUGCGGGCAAUUGUCGUGACAGACGGAGAGCGUAUUCUCGGUUUGGGAGAUUUGGGAGCUUGCGGAAUGGGUAUUCCGGUUGGUAAGCUCGCUUUGUAUACUGCCCUGGCUGGCAUUCCACCACACCAGUGUCUGCCAAUUGUGAUUGAUGUUGGCACCAAUAACCAGACCCUGUUGGAGGACCCCUUGUAUGUUGGGCUUAGGCAGAAGCGCGUUGAAGGCAAGGAGUACGACGAGUUUAUCGAUGAAUUCAUGGAGGCGGUCGUGAAACGAUACGGUCAGAAUACGUUGAUCCAGUUCGAGGACUUUGGUAAUCAUAAUGCGUUCCGGUUUUUGGACAAAUAUCGUGACACGUACUGUACGUUCAAUGACGAUAUCCAGGGAACGGCUUCGGUUGCAGUAGCUGGUCUACUGGCUUCGAAGCGGGUUACGGGAAAGAAGAUCUCGGAGAAUAGCUUCGUGUUCCUGGGAGCUGGAGAAGCUGCCAUCGGUAUUGCGGAUUUGGUGGUUAAGGCUAUGCAAGCGGAAGGGUGUGGACUGCAGGAAGCUCGUGACAAGAUCUGGUUGUUUGACAUUGAUGGUCUGUUGGCCAAGGGACGUCCGGAAGGCCGACUGGGUGGCCACAAGGCAUUCUACGCCAAGGAUCACCGUGUAAUGAAGGUCUUUGCCGAUGUCGUCAAGGAAGUUAAGCCGUCGGUUCUGAUUGGUGCUUCGGCUGCAGGAGGUGCCUUUACGCCGGAGAUUCUGCAAACCAUGGGCAAAAACAAUGAACGCCCGAUCAUCUUUGCCUUGUCGAACCCGACUUCCAAGGCCGAAUGUACCGCGCAAGCUGCCUACGAGAAUACUGAGGGUCGAUGCAUUUUCUCAUCGGGAUCUCCAUUCCCACCGGUGCAAUACGGUGGUAAGACGUUCCACCCCGGUCAAGGCAACAAUGCCUACAUCUUCCCUGGCGUUGCACUGGGUGUGAUCGUCACUGGAACGCACCACAUCCCAGAGGAUAUUUUCCUGAUCGCUGCCCAAUCCGUUGCGGACCAUGUUUCGCAGGCAGAUCUAGACAAGGGCUCACUCUACCCACCGCUGGGCUCCAUUCAAGAAUGUUCGCUUAACAUUGCCGUCGGAGUGACCAAGUAUGCCUAUGAGAAAGGACUGGCUUCGACAUAUCCCGAGCCACAGGACAAGCUGGCCUACAUCAAGUCCCAUUUGUACAACUUCAACUACGAAUGUGCCAUGCCCGUGACCUGGAAGUGGCCCCCACAGCAGGAAGUCACCCCAACCCGCCCCAUCACCCCAACCAAGCUGCAGGCAUAGGAGCGAACGCCGAUCUAAGCGCAGCCAGUAUUUAUUUCUUUCAUCCAUCUACACUGUAUCCUGUUCCUUUCUCAAUCCUUAUUUAUUGCCUACAUCUACCAGACGGAUGAAAGCAGGUUAUCUCAAGCUGUCAUAGCUAAAAAUGACUACUUUUAGCUAGCUCAAAUGAAGCAAACAUGAUUUUCCUUGAUUUUUUUUAUCAACCUAACUCAUUCGUAACUACGUUCAAUGUGAUACCAAUGCCGAUUAACAUUAACCCACUAGAAUAGAAUUCGUUCUCAAUGGUAGCCGAAAAAUCCUCUACCAAAUAUAAAUUGAUUGAUUGAUUGAUGUUCCUCAAUGAAGCAAAAGCAGCCCUGACUAAAUAGGAGUUUGAAAUUUAUAAGCACUGCAAUAGAACCAAGCAACCCGUUACGAGCAAACAGCACUUUUCAAUAGUAGGCCGACCACACAGUAGGCGCGUAGAUAAGUUAUAAACGGUGCCAGCGAAAUGGAAGCUGCACAACAGUGUUAUCAAAUUUUAACAAUUGACGAAACGUCAAUUCAUUCUUGUUUUUAAUUCGUACUGAAACCAACUAGGACAUUUAUGUUAAGAGAAAGAAAGAGAAAAU